AGUGAGAUUGGACGCUUAGCUCGCCUUGUUGAGAACAUGCAAUCACAAAUAAAUGUCCUGAUUGAGCUUAAUAAGGGACCAUAAUAAGGGACCAAGUAAUGGCCGGGGUGGAAAAAUCCUUCUGACACUAAAUCGUCUCCUUCAUCUUCGUGUUCAGUCAGAAGCUGCUCAGAAAGUGCCUGUGAACAGGACAGCGCAAAACACUCAUCACCUCGAUACUGGGGGGCAACAAGCUCCGACUACACUCUGAAUGUAGUUCGGUUUUGUAUUCGGCCGGUUGAAUCCCAACUUGGGUACUCAUGUAGACAUCGAAAAAUCGCAUGCUACAAUCCAAAUCCAACACCCGAUAAUUAUAAAGGAGUGGAAGAGCCUUCUAAACCACGCCAGCGAAUGAGUGCCUGCUUUUGUUCAGACUGCACACGGUGCUUACGAAAACUUGGCAAGGCUCGAGCAUUACAGCUCAUCGAUGUGUAUCAGGAAGUGAUUGGCCAUCUUCAUCCUGUUGUGGACAUUGAACAGCAAAAAUCACAACUCAAUACGGUUUUCGCUCUCCUAGAAUCGGCGCCAGAGGGCAGGAUCAUGUACCCUGAGAUUGAACAAGACAGUCUUGAUAUUACAAAAAUUGUUCUUUCGAUCGCUCUUCUUGCGCAGACUACGGGGCAAAGCGACACCGCCUCAGCUUUGUACAAUAGUCUCCAAAACAGGAUUCAGGAUGGCAUGACGGCCGACACCAAAACAUCCAAAGCGUUGUUCUCAUGCUGCUUGCUGCCAUUUAUCACUUUGUCCAUGAUGACGUGCAAUUGGCAUGGCGCAUGGGUGGAAUUUCUGGGCGAACCAGACAUGGACAAUCAGACCUGGAGGGAAUUAGGUGCAAUAUUUAGCCAUGCUUUAUAACUCUCAUACACAAUUAAAUCCAACAACGAGAAGCCGAUCUAUUUCUAUAAAGUAAACAACGAUCCAUUGUUUAGUUACUGAUCUUGAAAACCUUUUGCGACA